UUCCGGUUACUCCCCACAUGCGUGAUUGUUUACGCCUACAAACCUGUUCAUGAACUGGACGUUGUUGAUGGCCCCAGAAGGAUCAGCAGUAAAGCAGAUAUUACCUAUUAUUAACAUUUUGAUGAAGUCAUCGAUAUGCUGCGCGGCAAAACUAUUAUCGUGACCGGGGCAAACAGUGGCAUUGGAAAAGCCACGGCUGCGGAGCUGCUACGGCGUCAGGGCCGGGUGAUCAUGGCAUGUAGAAACCGAGAACGGGCAGAGAAAGCAGCCCAGGAGAUCAAGCAGGAGGCCGGACCAGAGCAAGGGGAACUAGUGAUAAAACUCUUGGACCUGGCGUCGCUUAAAUCGGUCCGUAUUUUUUGCGAAGAUAUAAUCAAGGAAGAGUCAAGGAUUGACAUCCUGAUCAACAAUGCUGGAAUCUACCAGUGUCCUUACACCAAAUCAGAAGAUGGGUUUGAGAUGCAGUUUGCUGUCAAUCAUCUAGGUCACUUCCUGCUCACGAACCUCCUGUUGGACCUCCUGAAACGUUCAGCUCCUAGUCGCAUCAUUGUGGUGUCCUCCAAACUUUACAAGUAUGGCGAAAUAAACUUUGAUGACCUGAACAGCGAGCAGAGCUACGAUAAAGCUUUCGCUUAUGCACGGAGUAAACUAGCCAACCUUCUCUUCACAAUGGAGCUCUCGCACAGCCUUGAGGACACAGGAGUGACGGUAAACGCUCUCACCCCAGGGAUCGUGAGGACUAACCUGGGCAGACAUGUCCACAUCCCGCUGCUGGUGAAGCCUCUGUUUAACCUGGCUUCACGGGCCUUCUUCAAGUCCCCCGAGGAGGGUGCGCAGACUUCUAUCUAUCUGGCCUGCUCUGAAGAUGUGGACGGCGUUCAAGGGAAGUGCUUUGCUAACUGUCUUGAGGAACAGCUGUUAGCUAAGGCCACAGACGAGGAGGUGGCCAAGAAACUGUGGGACAUUAGUGAAGUGAUGGUGGGCAUCACAACCUGAAUCUUACAAACUUAAGAAUUUAAAUCAUGUCCAUGAUUAUUUCAGAUCUGGCAGUAAAUAAAACUUACAGAUUUUUUCCA